AUGGAAGUCAAACCCGAGGCUCCCGAGAGUCUUCGCCAGGAUAACAGUCGGAACCUCGCCAUUUUAAUCGUUACCGCUGUCUUUUUCGGUCUCUCGCUGGUGGCCGUGAUUUUGCGAUGCUUUGUUCGCACUCACAUUGUUCGUGUCUGGGGGUGGGACGAUAGGAUCAUGGUUCUGGCGAUGGCUUUAAACACAGUCUUCGCAGUCUGUGGACUUGUGGGCGCCAGAUUCGGCCUGGGGAGACCUCUGAGCUAUUUUUCCCAACACCCGGACAACUUCCACAACGCAAUGCUGUGCUGGUGGUUAGGCCAACUGUUCUACGUGUUGACCUGCGUCGUCGCUAAGAUCUCCAUCAUGAUCGCUCUCCUCCGCAUCACCGUCGAUCGCAUUCAUGCAUACAUCCUCUACGGCGCCAUAACACUUGCCACUGUUGUCGGCCUUAUAUUCUUCUUUUUCACCACGUUCCAAUGCUCCCCCGUCAACUUCUUCUGGAAUCAGCGCCGGGCAGGGGCGCAUGGCUCGUGCCUCGAUCAGGAUCUCCUCACUGGCAUCGCAUACAUGUAUAGUGUCGGCGCAGCUCUUACGGAUUUGACGAUUGGAUUGCUUCCAGUGGCAUUGAUCUGGAACUUGCGGAUGAACCGCCGCACUAAGGCUGCGAUCGUCGGCAUCUUGGGUAUCGGUUGCGUUGCGAGUGCCGCAGUCAUUAUUCGCAUUCCAUUCAUCCAUCACUAUAAUGACGAGGAAUUUUUAUUCAACACCUACCAAAUCGCUAUCUGGUCCAAUGUCGAAGCAGGCAUCGGAAUAACAGCUGGUUGCCUGACCACUCUCCGACCCCUUUACCGCUACCUCCGCCACGGCUCCUCUGGGGAACCCAGCCCUACACAAGGUUCUUAUAAUCUCUCAAAUCAUCCUGCUGCCUUCCGUCGCUCAAAGCCAAUAUCAGUGGAUGACGCGAGCCAGCUUUGGACGGGCAGACGCAGCUCGGACAAUCACGGCACGACCACGACGAUCAUGGGUGCUCAACAGAAGUCCGGCAGUUCCAGUGAAGAUCUUAAUCCAAAUACUGAACUCAGUUCUAAUGCCCCUACUAGAUGGAAGGUGGAGAGGUCUUUUCGCGUGUCCGUGCGCGAUGAAUGA